AUGGGCACACGCCAAGUUUGGAAUGGUUUCUGUGGAUCUGAACUUUCUUUUCCCAGCCUGGGGCUGCACCCCCCGAGGAAAAGAAGACGGUCCACCUCCGAAACAAGUUCGGGCACUAGGGGAACAGAGGAGCAAGAGAACUCCCGGUGUGCCAAGGAAGCCUCUGCAGGAGGUGGCCCGGCCAGCUCCCACCCUGUCCCACCACACAGGGCCAGCAGGCAUUCAGGAGCCCCCUGGGCGAGCCUCGGCCGCGGAGCCUCGAUCGGGCCCUCGCCAUCCCUCCCGCCCUGCUCGGCGACCCACGCCGGCCUUCCUCCCACUGCGGGGCCCCGCCGGCCCACGCCACGCUGCCUCCCUUACCUUCGCCUCCCGCCCCGGCCCCGCUGGCCUCCCGCCACCCCGGGCUCCGGUUCACCCCGCUCGGCCGAAGCCGCCGCCAGGAGCAGCGCCGGCUUUCCCAGGCGGCGGGCGGUUGCUCCACGAAGCCAAAGGCUUUACGCGGUAGCUGCGGCUUCUCGCUUCCGCCCACCGCCGCCAGGCUCCGCCCGAUCCCCCCUCCCAGCCAAUCAGAAACCUGCUCUGAGGUCCGGCUCCGCCCACUCCUCCCCGCCCUCCGGCCCUUCCGAUCAGAUGUUCAGGCAGAAGGAAUCCAACCCGGAGAGUAUCGUCCCAGACCGCCCCCCAGCCUCGGUGGACUUAAGGCUGCUUCAGCCUUCCCGAAGGAAGCGGGAGGACGACGGUGCACGUGAGCAUCACGCGUGCGGGUCACAGGGUGACGCGCGGGGCACCCGACGUCAGCCGGACCGCCGUUACCGUAAGUGUUCAACACUGUGA